AUGACGACUACCAGCAGCUCGAACGCUACACUGCUGCUCGUGACGGGGCUGCUUAGUGUGGGCAUGGCCGCUAUGGGCUACUACUACCUCCAUAUGAACAGCAAGAUGCCGUCCAAUGACAGCGAGACUGGCGUAUACAACAGCGUUGCUUCCACUUCCAGCUCAACAAUUAAGACAACUAAGGAGACUGUGGCAGCUACCGUCGUUGAAGCGCCCAAACCGACUCCUCCUAGUCCUAAAGAGACCCCGAAGAAGAUAGAGAAGGUUGUUGCAUCUCCAGUUAAGAAGGUGGGGCCUCCUGUUGUUGCUGAGUCCCCGAGAGAGACUCCUCUGAGUCCUAGUGUGGAGGUUGCAGCUAGUCCUAAGAAGGAAUUUGUUGCUAGUCCUAAGGAAGAGAAUCCGAAGAGCAGUCCGAAAAAGGAGGUGGAGCCUCCGGUUCUCGAGCUCCCUAAGCCGGCGCACACCAGUUCGAAGCAAGCUCCGGAGAGCCCUAAAACUACUGCUGAAAGUGAUCAACAGGCUCCUGUUAGCCCGAUCAAGGUUCCUCAAGGCCCCAAGAAAAGUGUCGAGAGCCCCAAGAGUCCUGCAAAGACCCCCGAGAGCCCUAAGAAGACUGUUGAAAGCCCCAAGAAGGAAGCUGCUGAGCCUGCAUCUGCUGUAGAUGAUGUUGUCAAGAAAAUGCUGUGCGAGGACUUGAUCAUUAGCCAGGCCGUCACGGAGACUGCGAAUGCCUUCACCGAGGAGCUCCUUCAGGAAUCGCUUGAGAGUGUUGCAUUGGAGCAGGAGGAAUACGUUCAAGUGGAAUUGACGCAGUCGAUGACACUUGAUAAGAGCACGCCCGAGCUUAUCAACGUCGAAGAUGCAGUAGCAAAGACAGAGGAGGAAGCUGUCCACACUUCUGCAGCCACACAGGAUGAAGAGAGCAUCGUUGAGGAGGACGAAGAGGAGCCGGCUUCGUGUGAACCAACUGAGCCUGUCGUCGAAGCGGCUGCGGCUCUGGCUUCACCUAAGAGCCCCGUGCAGUCUCCCUCGUGGGAGGCUAUCACUAGUCCGGAAGUCAAGGUGGCACCUGCUGAGGAGACUCCGACUCCGUUGUCGCUAGAUACACCGGCAGAAAGCACCGAGUCUGCCGAGCCUCUCUCCAUCAACGUCCCAGUUGAGAACGACGAUACAUCUGUCAAUGACAAAGACAAUUCCUCACCCGUGAGCAGUGGUGGUUCAUCCCCAGGGAUCAAACGCAACCGCAACCGGUCUAAGAAAUCCAAGAGCAAGAGGAAGAAAGCCAAGAAACACCAGAAGUUCAAAGCUUAA